AUGAUAGUACUCUUGUGCGCUCCGUCAGGCAAUGUCGCUUUUCUCAUCAAUGGUAUUACUUUACAUACAGCGUUUUCAUUGCCAUGUCAACAAUUCGGCAGCAAUAUAUGGGAAUUAUCAAGUGAUGUAGCUAAUACCAUACGUGAAAAAUUGGCAAAAUUACAACUUAUCAUAAUCGAUGAAAUUUCAAUGGUAGCCAGCACAGUAUUUGGCUUUAUUGACACGCGCAUGCGACAAAUGAAAGGCGUCAAUGAGCCUUUCGGAGGCGUUUCGGUAUUGGCAGUAGGUGAUCUGAAUCAAUUACCUCCUGUACUAGAUAAACCGGUGUACCAAAUGUCGAAGAAAAAUGAAAUGGCAGGUUUUUUCGUCAUCAAUCCAUUUUGGGCACCAUUUCAAUGUCAUGAAUCGACGGAAAUCAUGCGACAAAAAGAUGACUUGCCGUUCAUAAAUGCGCUGAACAAUUUAGCCCAUGGGAAAAUGACUGUCGAAGAUAUUUCAUUCAUCAGAACGAAAGAAGUAAUGCAUGAUACUGAUGUACCGGCAACAGCAAUAAGAUUCCGAUGCCGAAAAUAUAUUCACAAAAAAUACAGCGGAACAGAUGAAGAAAUUAAUCAUCCAAUGUUUACGUACAGAUCAAGGCACAAAUGA